CAAGACACUAUGGGGGUUCAACAGAGCAAGUAAUGAACUAUGGCUGAGAAAGCUAGAAGAGGUUUUCUAUAACUGUAUAGACGUACCCUCCCGACAGACUCGGGAGCGUUACGCCCAAGCGCCCCAAGACCCGCCAAGCCACCAGGUGGCAGGCGCCGCUCGUCCCACCCCUCCGACCCGCCCGGGACACUGGUUCCAGCGACCCCCGCGCGGAAGUCGUCUGCGCAGGCUCAGGACGGGUCUCUGGCGGCCGGGCUGGGGCGGGGGCAUCGCUUGGAUCUUUGCGGGUUCAGAGACCCCCGGCACACACGGGACAGAGUGGAGAGUGUCCCUCCGUCUGCCUGCCUCCGAGGGGCUGUGAAGGCUUGGAGCUGGGCGCAGAGUUGCAGGGCCGGUCCGUUCCCUGUGAGGGUCUCCCCGGAGUCCCUGUUGUCUCAGGGCGUUGGAGGGGCGCGCGGCACCGAGGUCGCUGGUGUGCCUGUGGCCGUGUCUGCUGCUGGUCUGCGUGGGAUCUGGGUUCCAGAUCCUGGUCCCGGGGAGGAGGGCGGCGGAGCGGAGCCAGUGGGCGGCGGCAGGGCUUGUGAGGGGUGUGGAAGAGCACCGCUCCCACCAGCCGCGCCCCGCGCCGGGAGGCAGGUCCGGGUCUGACAGCUCUGCUUUGGGCCCUGCGGGUCCGCUGGGCAUCGUCGCGCGGAGUGGGAAUGCCCCGUGUCACCCAGCUUGCUUCCUUCUCCCUGAACCCCGGGAGGACUGCAGAGCUGCGACCAAAGGAUAGAGACUUGAACCUGGUCAAAGGACAUCGUCCCUGAGCCCCAGCUAUGGGCUCCACAGCAUCAGGUUUGGCUCUCGAGGGUGCCGCGGGCCAGAAGCCGUCUUGGGGAGUUAGUACCGAGCCUCGUAGGAGGAGGACCCUAGGAAGGGGAUGGAUAAGGGGCAGGAUCUGCAACCGCCCUCCCUGUGGUGGUGUCUAACCUUUCAGGCUCAGGAGCACGAGGUCCCAGCACCCAGAGACCAUGAUGAAGGUGGAGGGGACACCUGUCCCAGAGGCCAAAGGAGAGAGAGGAGAGCAGGAGGGGGUCUCUUCCUGCUGUGACAGGGAGAAGGCAAACAAACCUAUGAAAGAGUGGCCCUUGGCCAGGGACCAGAGGACAGUGGCUCCAUUUGGAGCCUUGCCACCCAUUUCCUUUAUCACUUCAUUAAGUGAUAAUGUUCUUCCAGCUCAGCUGUGUACAAGAUCAGCAGUGCACACGGUGGGCCUCUUCUGUGACCAACCCCCUCCCACUCCUGUUGGGGACAGCACAAUCCAAGUGACCCAGGAGGUUUUAAGCCAUUCCUUUCUUUAGAAUCUCCUGUCCUUCACCAAGUGGGCAUUUUAAUUUGACUUUUCAUUCUUCAGUGCACAUGCUCAAGGUCAGAGAACUGGCCAAUGGCAGAAGUGGGCCAAAUCUCUGGGACUUCUACCGCCUCUUUUCCUGUAUGCCUUCUGGUCUGUAGACCAGCAGCACAGGCAUCACCUGGAAGCUCUUAAGAAAUGCAGACUCUCAGGCUCUACCUCGCAUCCACUGAACCAGUCUGUUUAGCAAGAUCCUCAGGAAUCCAUACGCACAUUAAAGUUUGAGAAGUGCUGACCUGUGCUAUACUAUGCUGCCUGCCUGCCUCUGCUUUUGAUGUUGUAGUUGGUGGCCUUAACCACUUCUUUGGCAUGGUUAAGGUUAGUUUUUUGUUUGAAGGCUUUAGAAACAGUAUGAUACAAAGCUCUAUAAUAGAGGGGCUCUCAAAAUACACUGCAGAGACCUGAUGGUGCUUGAGAACACCGAGGGCAGCUUUUCAGGAAGAGCUGGCCUCUGAGCGGGGUUCCCAAGGAUAAGCGGAGAGGUGUAACUUCUUCCAUUAAGGCCUAUAACCCUACGUGGCCUUGUCCUGGGCCUUAUUUUGUAUUGUUAACCUGUCUUAUACCCUCAGUGUGCAUUUAAAGUUCCUUGAAGCUCCUCUCCAUGUUUAUAUUUUCAAAAGGCCUAGAGGACCUACAUAUUGGCGACCCAGUAAAUAACUCUCAAAUGGAGUGGCCAGACUGUGAUCACACUUCAGCUCGCUGCAGCUUGCUGUGGCCUAUAGGCAGGUGGGGACCUUAUGCAGCUGUACAAGGGCAGCCUCUGCCCUGCCCCUCAGCUCCCUUUGGCCCAGUAUUGUCCCCAGAACCAUGGAGGUGACACGCUGACGUGGGGAGUCUGGGAGCUGUAAACCCCAUGAGGGUUAGCCUUCCUCAUGGCUCCUUUUACCUUCCUAGUUCUCCCUUCUCAGGACCCUGCUCUUCCUCCAGAGGGAUACACAGGAGAAAAGGGAACAGCCAGUUUACUCCUGAAAGCCAGGCCCCAGGACCUGAUGACAUUUGAGGAUGUGGCUGUGGAAUUCACCUGGUGGGAGUGGGGGCAGCUGGACGCUGCUCAGAAGGACCUGUACCGGGAGGUAAUGCUGGAGAACUUCAGGAACCUGGCCUCCCUGGGGUUUCCAGUGUCCAAACCACAUGUGAUCUGCCAGUUGGAGAAAGGGGAAGAGCCUUGUAUGAUGGAAAGAGAAGUCUCAACAGGGGCCCACCCAGACUGGGAGAGAAGGCCUCAAGCCAAGGAAUCAAUGCUAAGUCAAGGAAUUUCCAAAGAAUUACUCCAGAUAGCAUCAGUGGGAAAACACAUUAGAGAUGAACUCUGGUGUUCCAGACUGGGAGCAGCUUGUGGUUGUGAAGACCAGUUAGAGAUGCACCCCCCAAAACAGGAGAGACAUCUGAAAGAAACGUCACUUACUCACAAAUCUGCCACCCUUUGGAGAGAUCAUGAAUGGAGUGAAUUUGGGACAAGUUUAGGCCUAAGAUCAGUCCUUGUUAACCAACACUGUGUUCCCACGGGAGAAGGACCCCAUAAAUGUGAUACAGAGUUCAGACAGACUUCAGGGAGAAAUGACUCUCAGAGAACCCACCCAGGGAAGAAAUCUUGCAAAUGUAAUGAAUGUGGGAAGCUAUUCCAUUUCCAAUCGGAACUGAGGCGCCAUCAGAGAUGUCACACUGGAGAAAAGCCCUAUGAAUGCAAUGAAUGUGGAAGGGCCUUUGGUCAUAUUUCGUCCCUUAUUAAACAUCAGAGGACGCACACUGGAGAAAAGCCCUAUGAAUGCAGCGAAUGUGGGAGAGCCUUCAGCCAGAGUUCAUCUCUUGUUCUACACUACAGAUUUCACACUGGAGAGAAACCCUACAAAUGUAACGAAUGUGGCAGGGCCUUUGGUCAUACUUCAUCCCUGAUUAAACAUCAGAGAACACAUACUGGAGAAAAGCCCUAUGAAUGCAGGGAAUGUGGGAGAACCUUCAGCCAGAGCUCCUCUCUCAUUGUACAUUACAGAUUUCACACUGGAGAGAAACCCUACAAAUGUAAUCGAUGUGGGAGAGCCUUCAGCCAGAGUUCAUCUCUCACUCAACACUAUAGAUUUCAUACCGGAGAGAAGCCCUACAAAUGUAACGAAUGUGGAAGAGCCUUUGCUCACACCGCGUCCCUUAUUAAACAUCAGAAAAGUCAUGCUGGAAAAAAAUCCCUAUGAAUUCAGCCAACGUAGGAAGGCUUUAAGCUGGAGCACACACACCACUAAACCUCAGAGAAUAUGUAUUAGAAAGAGAUCCUCUGUGCAUACAGUGUGUGGGAGACUUUUGAUUGGAGGACACAUCUCGUUCAACAUCACACA